GCCUUGCUGUAUUAUUCGCGUCGUUUGGAACUUGAGUGAAGGGUGAGUGAGAACCAUGGCUAGGGUUUUGGGUGGCUGCAGGGCCCUCAUGGCGGCGGCGAAGGCGGGGGCAAAGGUGGAGGCCCCCGCCCCGAAGGCGGCCGGCAAAGCGACCGCCGGCAUCCUCAAGCCGCUCCCCGUCUCCCGGGCCAUGGAAAAGUUCGUCGGUGCCUCAGAGAUCUCGCGUACCGGGGCCAUCAAAAAGAUAUGGGAUCACAUCAAGCUCAACCAGCUUCAGAACCCAUCAAACAAGAGGGAGAUUCAGUGUGACUUUAAGCUGAAGAGUAUAUUUGAUGGAAGAGACAAAGUUGGGAUGUUGGAAAUAUCGAAGCUGAUUGCUCCUCAUUUCCUCAAGCCUAACUGAAAUCAACGGAGUCAUAUUGGUGUUUUCAUGUUUGUGUUUUGCUCGUUGUUUUGGUAUCACAUAACGAGUAAUCAGGAUCAUUGGCAGUGUUUUUUAUUUUGAACUCUCCGCCAUCUCCAUGAACGAUUUGGCUUUUCCGUAAUGUGGUUAUCAUCCUUUGGUUCAUCUUUUCUCGGAUAUUGAUAUGUUUUUGGAUCAUCGAAGCUUGAUACCAUUUUAGCUUUA